AUGACGACGUUGUCCGGCUUGAAGGACACUCACUGGACCUACUUCAGCGAAAUGACGAUCCGUGAAUUCUUCCUGAACCCGAACUUCACCACCAUAUGCAUGUUCUUCUCCCACAACAGGCUGAUCGUCUCCCUCUCCUUCCCCCUGAUCCUUGUCACCGAGUUCACCUACUUCAUCAGGCAGCCACGGCAGGUGCUGCGCGCAGAAACGUUCAGGAACGAGAUAUUGUUCGGCACUGUGAACGACAAACCGGAAUACUACAUACUGUCCAUAGUCGAGAACGUGUUGGCGCCGAUCUUCCUCAAGAUCGAGACCUGGCCAGACAGUAUCCUGCUUAAUUCCUGUUUAAUUAACCAAAGGGCGGAUUUCUACACGCACAUGGACUCGUUCCUGUGCUCCUUAACGGACCUUACGUACAAAAUGCAGGGGUUAACGGUGAUAUACGUGCCGAGGGAGGGUGACGAGCUGGUUGUGGACGAGAUGGGCGCCGAUAAGGAGAUAAUCAAGAGGAUGGAGGUGGUGGUGGCCUAUUGGACCACCCAAGUGAGGAUAGCGCUCUCGGAUCAGGAACAGGCAACACCCCUCGAAUUGUUGUGCCUCAAGGACGAAUACGACUUUUGGAUCUAUCGAUACGACAAUCUCAGCGGUUUAAACUACCAAGUGCAGAACCCCACCGUGAAAAAGAUAACGGAUUUCCUGAUGACGAGCCACUCGACCUACGCCCAACAAUUCCUGAAAUUAAAGGACGAGAUCGAGACGUUCGUGAAGGAGGCCAUGUCGAACGUCGAGUACCUACGAAUCCUGGUCGACCCCUCCUCCGAGAUAGACAAAUGCCAAUCGCCGUCCGAGAUUCAGCAACACUUGCUCCUCAUCAUACACCUGAUCAGAAUCAUCUGGUUGAAUUCACCGUUUUACAACACCCAGGAGAGGAUCGAGAAUCUGUUCAGGGCGCUCAGCAAUCAGAUAAUCAUCAUCUGCCGGGACUACAUAAACUUCGACGAGCUUUUCGCCGGUCAGACGAGAAAGUACAUGGAAAAGUUCGACGAGUGCAUACAGAGCUGUAAAAAUUACAUCGCACUGUACGACCAGAUAGUGCAUGCCCAUACUACUCUGUUAGGCGUAUCGUGGGAUUUGAACAAGAUCAAUAUAUUCCAGCAUAUUGAUACUUGCAUCAGCAGGUGCUACGAUAUGAUUGAGAUCUGUCAGGCGAUGAUCGAUUUUGCCAGAAUGGACGAAACCACAGACGUGGCCAAGCCUAUGUUCGGCGGUACGAGGGGCGAGGAGCGAGAAAGGGUGUGUCAGAAGGUCGAAAGGUUGUUUAAGGAGGCUCUGAAAAAAAUCGACGACAACUCUCACAAUAUCUUCGACAUCCACCACAGCAUGUGGAACGACGACAUGUUCGCCUUUCGAACGGAGAUAAAGGAUCUGGAAAUCAUUAUCGAGAACCUGGUCACGUCGAUCUUCGUCAAUUUAAACAAUGUACAGGAGGCGAUGGAGGAUUUUCAAAGCUUUCAUAGCUACAUGAAUCGCGACAAGUUGAGAGCUCUGUUUGAUUCCAAAACGAGCGAGAUAUGGAAACUUUUCUGCGAGGAUAUCCAGAAAGCGAAGCAAGAGGUGUUGGACGAAAUGGAGGAGUAUUCCUCGAUGACUCCUUAUUACGCGGGCAGGGCGUUGAAUUUGCGCACGAAGGGCGCCCGGAUACAAGUGACGAGACAGAUCCUCGAGCACGCUCUCUGGAUGCCCUAUUGCGGCCUCCGCUACGAGGCGUUCCAUCAGCAAGAGCUGCUGCAAAAAUCGAUCGAGGAUUUCGUCGCCGAUUUAUACGCGAAAUGGAUCUACGAGGUCGGUGACAAUCCCCGGGCAAAGUUGGAUCGUUUCCUCAUGCGCCGCUGCAACAUCACCGAGGGCCUUCUCAGGUGCAACAUAGACCCGUCCAUUUUGACCUUGUGCCGCGAGGCCUCCUACUGGAUCGCGUUGAAAUUCAUCAUCCCUGUCCACGUGCAGAUCGUUUUCGACAAAUGGGAGACCCUUAAUUUCGUGUUCGAGAGCGUUAUCGCAGUUAUUAUCGGUUACAAUAAGGUGAUCAAAGCUUUGUCGAUAGUGGAACGCGAACUGUUCCGCGAACUAAUUCGCCAACUAGACAGGAAGAUCAAUCCAGGCUUAAACAAGCUGACAUGGAACACGGAAUACGUGGACGCGUACAUCGAGGAUUGCUUUAACGAAACGGCAAAUCUUCAAGAGUUCAUCGACACGUACAGGAUGUCGAACGAGCAGAUACUGAAACUCUGCGAGAUAAUCUGCGACACGCCGAUGAUCGUUAUAAAACCGAACUACAUGUACGUAAUGGAGGAGUUGAAGGAGGAUUUGAUGAACUCGAGGGACCAGACGUUCAUAAAGGUGUCGAACGUUCACAAAACCAUCAUCGACUACGUGAUGCUCAUUUUCGACGGGUUCAAGGGCGUGAUCGAGGACAGUUUGGAAGAAUGGAAAGGGUAUUUAAGCAGAAUAGACGUGGUGAUAGGCGAGGUUUUCAAAAUGUGUUUAAUCGAAUCCUUUAACGCCAUGUACCUUGCUCUUCACGGGGAUGGAACAGCACCCCCAUCGCCUCUCAUCCUGGUGCACGUAGAGCUUAUAGAUAAUAAGGUAAAUUUCAUGCCAAAUCUAUCGGAUAUCGCGAUGGAAAUCUCGAUGAUCUUCGACAAUCUCUUGGAACCUUUGAAGAGCGUGAUAAGAUUGACGGACAAAUUCAAGUUGGACUUCCAUGUGCCGCCAUUUUGGAAAAUAUACGAGAAAGAUCCAGAAUUGCUCGAUCUUCAACAGAAGUACGAAAAGUUGAAGCCAACCGCGGAUACCUUCGAUUCAGAUAUCAGCAGGUACACGAUGAUCGCGAACAAUGUUCAGAUACAGGAGACGAUGACUUCCGUACACUUCCUCGACGUGAACUCCGAUCGAUUGAAGGGCGCCAUUAUCGAAGAGUGCUCGGUUUGGCAACAGAAAUUAAUCGGCGUUUUGUUCCGGCAAACGCAAAGCAUGAUGAACCAUGUCUACCACUACAUCGCGGAGAAUUCGAAGAAAAUAUCGAAAGAGCCGACGGAUCUGAUCACCAUGCAACAAGCGAUGCAGUUGUUCGAUAAGCUGAUGGCCGAUAUUCCUCACGAGGAAGAGCAAUUCCCAAAGAUCGAGGACCAAUUCCAGCUCUUGGAAAAGUACGAGGUUACGUUGACGUUCGACUUCAAGCGGAAAUUUUACGACAUACAGCCUUCCUGGACCGCGUAUCUCGGCCUCUUGCAGGAAUGCGAUUUCAUGUUGAAAGAGAAACAGGCGGAGUUCAAGCAGAUGCUGAUGGAAGAUGUGGUAACGUUCGAGAUAGACGUGCAGGAGCUUGUUCAGAGAUUCUGGGAAUUCGGGCCGUUCACGUCCUUGUGGGAGAUACAAGACGCUCUCAAUUGGCUGGCCUCCCUCGAACGAGACUUCGUGAAUUUGAAAGCGAAGGAGGGCACGCUGAAGUCGCAGCUUAUGGUGUUCGAAAUCAGCCAGCCGGAUUCGCUCGACCUCAUACAAUUGGAACAGGAUAUGAAAGCUAUCCAACUGGUGUGGGAUAUCACGAAAGAGUGGAACGACGCUUGGCAGGUGUACAAAACUGCGAAUUUCUGGGAGAUCGAGAUGGAACAGAUGGAGACCACGGCAAAUGUCCUGUUCAGAAAGUUGAAUCGUCUGAGCAGAGAGUUGAAGGAGAAGAAUUGGGAGAUCGUCGAGCACUCGAGAACGAGCGUGGACAAGUUCAGACGCACCCUUCCAUUGAUCAUCGAUCUGAAAAAUCCGGCGAUGAGGCCUCGGCAUUGGCAGAGGCUCAAGGAGAUCGUGGGUCGUGAUUUCGAUGAGCUGUCGCCGGAAUUCACUCUGGACGCCAUCACCGAGAUGGAGUUUCAAAAUUUCGCUGAACAGAUCAGCGAUAUAUCCAACUCUGCCACCAUGGAAUUGACCAUAGAAAUUGGGUUGAAAAGUAUCAGCGACAUUUGGCAGAAGAUGCCUUUGGAAAUGAUCCCUUACAAGGAUCAAGGUAUAUACAGGAUAAAGACCACGGACGAGAUAGUGCAAACAUUGGAGGAGCAUCAAGUUCAAUUAUCGGCCAUGAAGGCGACCAGAUUCGUCGAACCGUUCGCGAAAGAGGUGGAUUACUGGGAGCGGACCCUUUCGAUCAUAGGGGAGGUCCUGGAAAUAACCCUGAUGAUUCAGCGAGGCUACAUGUACAUGGACAACAUAUUCACCACGGAAGACAUCAGGAAACAGCUCCCCAAGGAGACGGACGAUUACGACAGACUGACGAAAAUGUGGAUCGAGAUUACGUCACGGAUGGCCUCCAUUGGCCUGGCCUUGAAAGCCACUCACGAGCCGCCCGGCCUGUUCGAGCUUCUGAAUAAAAUCAGCCGCGAAAUCGAGUUGAUGCAACGAGCCCUGGAACAAUAUCUGGAGACGAAACGACACGUGUUCCCGAGAUUCUACUUCAUUUCGAACGAGGAUCUACUCGAGAUCUUGGCCAACGCGAGGAAACCGGAAUUGAUACAGGUGCACAUCAAGAAACUGUUCGAGAAUAUUAAAUUCCUUAGUCUGAGCAAGGUGAGUUCACGAGUCGGGAAACAAUUGGCCAUAGCGAUGAAUUCCGGUGAAGGGGAGUUUGUCGAUUUUACCGAGCCCGUUGUUCUGGAGGGCCAGGUGGAGAGGUGGCUCUGCGAGAUUGAGAAAGCGAUGAGGGUAAGUUUACACGAGGUACUGAAGCAAUGUCGAACGGCGCUGCGAAAAAUGAUCCAGAAACGCGACAAGUGGGUGAAGGAGUGGCCUGGCCAACCCGGGAUCACGUCCACCCAGAUCCAGUGGACGACCGACUGCACCCGCACCCUAUUGCACUGCAAGCUAGUGGACUCGAGGAAGCCGUUGAAGAAGCUACGAAGACGACAGAAUCAGGCGUUGAGCAGAUACUCGGAGGCGAUCAGGAGCGAUUUGACCCACCUGGACCGAUUGAAGUUCAAAGCGAUCGUGGUGCUCGAGAUCCACGCGAGGGACGUUAUCGAGAAGAUGUACCGUGCUAAUUGCAAGGACGUGUCAGCGUUCGAGUGGCUGUCGCAGCUGAGAUUCUACUGGGACAAGGACAUCGACGAUUGCAUCGCUUGGCAGACGAACACGUUUUUCGUUUAUGGUUACGAAUACCUUGGAAAUACUGGACGAUUGGUGAUUACACCGCUCACCGAUCGGUGUUACAUAACGCUGACAACCGCUCUCCACCUGUAUCGGGGAGGCAGUCCCAAGGGGCCGGCCGGUACCGGGAAAACCGAGACCGUGAAGGAUCUUGGGAAAGCGCUUGGAUUCAACGUGAUCGUGCAGAACUGUUCCGAGGGGCUCGAUUACAAAAGCAUGGGCAGGUUAUUCUCUGGCCUCUCGCAGACCGGGGCGUGGGGCUGCUUCGACGAAUUUAACCGGAUAAACAUCGAGGUAUUGUCGGUGGUGGCGCAGCAGAUACUGUCCAUACUCACCGCCCUCUCGCAGAAGGUCGUCAGAUUCGUGUUCGAAGGAUCUGAAAUAAAAUUGGUGCACACCUGCGGCAUCUUCAUCACUAUGAAUCCAGGAUACGCGGGUCGUACCGAGCUGCCCGACAAUCUGAAAUCCAUGUUCAGGCCAAUCUCGAUGAUGGUUCCCGACAGCAGCAUGAUAGCCGAGAUCAAUUUGUUCUGCGAGGGAUUCGAGGGAACUCGAAUUCUCGCCAGAAAGGUAUUCACCCUGUACACGUUGGCCCAACAACAAUUAAGCAAACAGUAUCACUACGACUUUGGGCUGAGAGGUAUAGUCACGCUGACCAGAUACGCCGGGAGGAAGAAGAGAUUAUACCCGAAUCUGCCUGACGAGGAGGUGAUCAUCCUCGCCAUGAACGACAUGAACAUCGCCAAACUCACCUCGGACGACUUGCCCCUGUUCAUCGGUAUCACCAGCGACCUCUUCCCGGAGAUCGAGGUACCGACCGUGGAUUACGAGGAAAUUAUCAGUUACAUAACCAAGGAGGCCAUCAAGCUGAAGCUGCAGCCUAUCCCCCUGAUACUGACGAAAGUUAUCCAGCUGUUCGAGACUAUGCACUCGAGGCACUCGACGAUGAUAGUCGGCGAAUCGAACACGGCCAAGUCGGCCACGUGGAAGGUGUUGCAGAACACGAUGACUAGCAUGAAGAACGACAAGAAACCGGGAUACCAGGCCGUCCACGUGUUCCCCAUUAACCCGAAAGCGUUGAGCCUUGCCGAGCUUUACGGCGAGUACAAUCUCGUGACCGGGGAGUGGCACGACGGCGUCAUAUCGUCCAUCAUGCGGAAGACCUGCUCCGACGAUACCCCUGACGUGAAAUGGAUCCUCUUUGACGGGCCCGUGGACGCCGACUGGAUCGAGAAUAUGAACAGCGUGAUGGACGAUAACAAGGUUUUGACGCUCAUAAACAACGACCGCAUCACCAUGCCCCAACAAGUCCUUCUGUUGUUCGAGGUCCAGGAUCUGGCUGUCGCCUCCCCCGCCACGGUCUCGCGGGCUGGGAUGGUUUACAACGAUUACAAGGAUCUCGGCUGGAGGCCGUACAUGAACAGCUGGAUACAAAAAUAUGAAGCGAAACAGGAAUUUUUCGAAGAAAUCAAGAAAUUGUUCAAUAGUCACGUGGACGCUACGCUGGAAUUCAAACGGAAGAAAUGCGAGGAUCCUGUCCCAGUUCCCGAAUUAAAUUCCGUUCAAUCGUUAUGCAAGCUCAUAGAAGUGCUCUGUAUCCCCGAAAACGGGGUUGAAUUCACGGGAGACAUAGACAUGUUCUCCAAUAUUUGCCGGAUAUGGUUCAUCUUCUGUUUGGUGUGGUCUAUAUGCGCCACGGUGAACGAGGAGAGCCGGUUCAGGGUGGACAAUUUCAUACGAGAAAUAGAGGGCACGUUCCCAUUACGCGACACGGUGUACGAAUAUUUUGUCGAUUCCCGUUUACGAAUGUUCGUUUCCUGGGAAGAAAGAUUGCCCUCGAUAUGGAAAAUUCCUGCGGACACACCGUUCUACAAGAUAGUCGUGCCGACAGUGGACACGAUUCGAUACGAGUUCGUCACUAGUUACCUUCUAAGGAGCCAGUUCCCUAUUAUGUUGCUGGGUCCCGUUGGGACAGGGAAGACGUCGGUAGUUCAAUUGGUAUUGAACGCUCUGGACGAGAUGAAGUACAACGUGUUGACGCUCAACAUGUCCGCCCAGACCACCUCAAAGAACGUGCAGGACAUAGUGGAGAGCAGGCUCGAGAAACGGACCAAGGGAGUGUACGUGCCCGUGGGCGGUAAAAUUCUGAUCGCGUUCAUGGACGACUUCAACAUGCCUAUGAAAGAGAUCUACGGUUCCCAACCGCCGUUGGAAUUGAUUCGACAAUGGAUAGGAUACGGUUUCUGGUACGAUCGGGAGAAGCAGACGCAGAUGUUCAUCCAAAAGUUGCAAUUAUUGGUGUCGAUGGGCCCGCCGGGAGGUGGGCGGAACGUUAUCACGAAUCGGUUGUUGACCAAGUUCAACGUCAUCAACAUGACGUUCCCGGCCGAGAAACAGAUCGUGAGGAUAUACGGGUCAAUGUUGCACCACCACAUCAGCGAAUUCCACUCGGAGGUGAAGGGAAUAGCCAAUGAAAUAACGCUUGCCACCAUCGGUGUGUACACGAAUGUGGUCACCAAAAUGUUGCCAACCCCCGGAAAGAUGCACUAUCUGUUCAAUCUGAGGGACAUAUCGAAGGUUUUCCAAGGCCUGCUGCGAAGUCACAAGGAUUAUCAAUUCUCGAGGCAAACCUUCCUCCGUCUAUGGGUGCACGAGAUGUUCCGCGUCUUCUGCGAUCGACUGAUCGAUGAAAAAGACAGGGAUUGGUUCGUCGAUCAACUCGGGGAGCAACUUGGAAAAUACUUCGAAGUAACUUUCGCCACCGUCUGUCCGGAGAGGAAAAGCCCGUUGUUCGGUAGUUUCAUGAACGUUUGGGAUAUAUACGAGGAUCUCACGGACAUAGGAGCCAUAAGGACUUUCAUAGAGAAUCAAAUGGACGACUAUAACGCCUCGAGCGGCGUCGUCCGCCUCAAUUUAAUUCUUUUCCGUGACGCGGUCGAACAUAUUUGCCGCAUCUUUCGCGUUAUUUCUCAGCCGCGUGGCCACGUGCUGCUGAUAGGAAUCGGCGGAAGCGGAAGGCAAUCUCUAAGCCGUAUCGCCAGUUACAUGUGCGAACUGGCCACCUUCCAGAUCUCAGUCACGAAACAUUACAGGCUGCCCGAGUUCCGCGAGGACUUGAAGACUCUCUACUCGAAGACGGGGGUGGAGAACAAGCCCACCACGUUCCUAUUCGUCGAUACCCAAGUAAUCGAGGAACAGUUUCUAGAAGUGGUGAACAGUAUACUGAGUACCGGCGAGGUGACCAAUCUGUUCAAAGCCGACGAGAUGGAGGAGAUUAAACAUAAACUGACAAAGGAGGCGACGCGGCUUGGACGGAUACCAACGACAGAGACGAUCUACGCGCUGUUGAUCGAGCGGUCGCGUGCCAAUAUGCACGUGGUGGUGUGCAUGAGCCCGAUCGGGGACGCGUUCAGGAACAGAUUACGCCAGUACCCUGCCCUGAUCAACUGCACGACCAUCGAUUGGUUCCUGGAAUGGCCGAGGGAAGCCCUCCUCGAAGUUGGCAACAAGUUCCUCAUGAAUCUCAAUCUGACGCUCACUAUCACCGGCGAGACUAAACCGGAGCCUCGAUUAUCAGCGACAGCGAUUCCUUUGCCGCCGCUGCAGGAACGAAUGCGGGACGGAAUAGCGGCUACGUUCUCCUUGAUCCAUGAGACGGUGUCGCAGUUUUCCAGCAGAAUGGCCGCCGAGAUGAAGCGGUACAAUUACGUGACGCCGGUGAAUUUCCUCGAGCUGGUCGCAGGCUACAAAAUAAUGCUCGCGGAGAAGAGGGACGAUUUGGCGGGCCAGGCGAACAAACUUCGUGGCGGUCUCUCGAAGAUCGACGACACCCGCCUUAAAGUGCACGAAAUGGCUGGGGAGCUGGAAAUCACACACGAGCAGGUUUAUAAAUCAACCAGGGAAUGCGAAGAGUUUCUGGUAACGAUAGUGAAUCAACGUCGCGACGCGGACGAAACGCAGAAGACGGUGACAGCGCGGUCGCAGAAGAUCUCGGAGGAGCAGAAGGAGUGCAAGAAGCUCGAGGAAAUCGCUCGAGCCGACCUGGCAACCGUUGAACCGGCUCUGAACGAGGCUAUGAAGGCACUGGAAGCGUUGAGCAAGAAGGAUAUAUCCGAGAUACGAUCUUUCACGCGUCCACCGCCGAAAGUCGAGAUGGUGAUGGAGGCGGUGAUGAUCCUGAAGAACUCGGAGCCGAGCUGGGCGGAGUCGAAGCGUCAACUCGCCGACGUGAACUUUCUGGCAACGCUUCGAGACUUCGACAAGGACAACAUCUCCGACAGGACGCUCAGAGCCAUUUCCAAGUACACGUCGAACCCUGAAUUCGUGCCGGAAAAGGUUGGCCUCGUGUCUGUGGCGGCCAAGUCGCUCUGCAUGUGGGUCAUCGCCAUGGAAAAAUACGGGAAGCUUUACAGAGUGGUGGCGCCAAAGAGGGAAAAGUUGCAGGCCGCGUUGAAAUCUCUGAGGGAGAAGGAGAAGGCGUUGGAGGAGGCGAUGUAUCAAUUGCAGAAAUUGCAAGAGAAGCUGCAAGUGUUGCAGGAGAUGUACGACGCGAAGAUGAAGGAGAAAGAAGAAUUGAUUAAUUCGGUUUUUCACCAGGCUGAACUAUUGAAGCUGAAACUGGAUCGAGCCGCGAUGCUGGUCGACGGCCUCUCGGACGAGAGGGUCCGAUGGGAGAACACGGUCGCAUCCUUGGCCGAGUUCUUCGACUGGCUGCCAGGUGAUUGCCUAAUAUCAACCGCCUUCGUCUCCUAUCUGGGUCCGUUCGUGUCCAGUUACAGGGAGGAAUUGAUAGGCAUCUGGAUGAAAGAGGUGAUGGAUAAAGAGAUCCCAAUGUCGCCUGACCUCUACGUGACGAAAUUCCUGGCCGAUGCGGCGUUGAUCAGGGACUGGAACAUGCAAGGGCUACCCUCGGACGAUUUCAGUACCGAGAAUGGUAUCAUAGUGACGAGGGGAACGAGAUGGCCGUUGGUGAUCGAUCCACAGUGCCAGGCGGUGAAAUGGAUCAAGAACAUGGAGGCCAGGAACACGUUGAAGGUGAUCGACUUUGGCCAACCAGAUUUCGUCAGGGUGUUGGAAUACGCCCUCCAAUUCGGCAUGCCUGUUCUGCUCGAAAAUAUCGGCGAGACUAUAGACCCUGUGAUGAAUCCGAUUCUCGAUCGGGCAUUCGUGAAAGUAGAGGAUCAGAUAAUGAUCAAGUUCAACGAGAAGAUGAUCAGUUACCACGACAAGUUCCGGCUGUUCAUCACCACGAAACUCGCGAACCCCCAUUACGCCCCGGAGAUAUCCACCAAAACGACGUUAUGCAACUUCGCUAUUAAGGAAGAGGGACUGGAAGCCCAGCUUUUGGGGAUCGUGGUCAGGAAAGAGAAGCCCCAACUCGAGGAACAGAAGGACAAUCUGGUGUACACGAUCGCUUCCAAUAAACGAACUCUCAAAGAGCUCGAGGACAGAAUACUAUAUUUGCUGAGCGUGGCCGGGGACACUCUUCUGGACGAUCUGGAUUUACUGAGCGCCCUCCAGUCGUCCAAGGCGACCUCAAUCUCGAUCGAGGAGUCGUUGGUCGUCUCCGAGGAGACCGAGAAACAGAUAGAUCUCGCGAGGGAGGAGUACAGGCCGUGCGCCCAUCGUGCCUCGAUCCUCUUCUUCGUUCUCAACGAAAUGAGCCAUAUCGAUCCGAUGUACGAGUUCUCGUUGGACGCGUACAUUACCCUGUUCAAGCUGUCCAUCGACAAAAGCACGAAGAGUAUUAAAAUAGAAGAGAGGAUAGAGAGCCUGAACGAGUAUCACACUUACGCCUUGUACAAGAAUACCUGUCGAGGUCUGUUCGAGCAGCACAAGUUGUUGUUCUCGUUCAACAUGUGCAUGAAAAUCCUGGACGCCCAGGGCAAGAUCAUCCCUAGCGAAUACGCGUUCCUGCUUCGGGGUGGAAUCGUCCUAGACAGGGAGGCCCAGCCCGAUAAACCGGUGGCUUGGCUGCCCGAUGAAACUUGGGAUAAUAUCACGGAACUGGAUAAGUUGCCCGGGUUUCACGGUCUCAUUUCAUCGUUCGAGCAAUUCCCGCGGGAUUGGAACAUCUGGUACAUCGCCACGGAGCCGGAGAACACGCCGUUGGUGUCCGAAUGGGAAAUGAAUUGUAACGUGUUCCAAAAGAUGCUGAUAAUACGUAGCUGUCGCCCGGACAGAAUUUCCUUUUGUAUAGCGAACUUUAUAGUGCUGAACCUCGGCCAAAGAUUCGUCGAGCCGCCCGUCCUCGAUCUCAAGUCGGUGCUCGACGAUUCCAUUGCACAAACUCCCCUAAUAUUCGUCCUCUCCCCGGGCGUGGAUCCUACAGGCAGCCUGAUGCAGCUAGUCGACAGCCAGGAAAUGACUAAACACUUUAUGACACUGUCCCUGGGCCAGGGACAGGCGCCUAUCGCCACCAGGAUGAUAGAGGUGGGGGCAAAGGAAGGUGCCUGGGUGUUCCUGGCGAACUGCCACUUGUCCCUCAGCUGGAUGCCGAAAUUGGACAAGAUCGUGGAAAUGUUGGGGGCCAGUAAAACCCUUCAUCCGCAAUUCAGGUUGUGGCUUAGCUCCAGUCCGACUCCCCAGUUCCCCAUAUCGAUCCUCCAAGCCGGUAUAAAGAUGACCACGGAACCGCCGAAAGGUUUGAAGGCAAACAUGAAACGGCUUUACAGCUUGAUGACCGAGUACCAGUUCGAGCUCUGCCAGGCAAAGUCCAAGUACAAGAAGCUUCUGUUCGCCCUCGUAUUCUUCCACGCGAUCCUCCUCGAGCGUAAAAAGUUUCAACAAUUGGGCUGGAACGUCAUCUACAGCUUCAACGACUCCGACUUUGUGGUGUCGGAGAACCUUCUACAGGUAUAUCUGGACGAGUAUCCGGAAACUCCUUGGGAAUCGCUGAAAUAUCUCAUAGCGGGUGUUUGUUACGGCGGCCACGUGACCGACGAUUGGGACCGCCGAUUGUUAAUGACAUACGUACAACAAUAUUUCACGGAGGAGGCCCUGACUGUCCCUAAUUAUCGUUUGUCAUCGCUACCGACCUAUUACAUACCGAAGGAUGGCUCGUUGGGGUCCUACCUAGAUUUCAUAGCUGUUUUACCUACCAUCGAUAAACCGGAAGCAUUCGGUCAACACCCGAACGCGGACAUCACUUGUUUAAUCAUGGAGACUAGAAAUAUGUUCGAAACUUUGAUGGAACUCCAGGUCCAAACUGUUACGAAAGAGGAAGUUAGCAAAGAGGAGAAAGUAAAUCAAUUAACCUCGGACAUAUUAUCAAAAAUACCGGACAACAUCGAUUACGAGGCGACCGUGAAGUUGAUAGGGCCAAAGAAGACACCGUUGGACGUUGUACUGCUCCAAGAGAUACAACGAUACAACGUGCUGCUGCAAAAUACACGGAACAGCUUGAACGAGCUCCAAUUGGCCAUCAAGGGUUUGAUACUGAUGUCCCAUGAACUCGAGGAGAUAUUCUUCUGCGUGUUCGAGGGCCGUGUCCCCCCGAUCUGGCUAAUGGCGUAUCCCUCGUUGAAGCUGUUGGGCGCCUGGACCAGGGAUUUGGUCAACAGGGUGGAACACUUCAACGAAUGGGCCUUAACCACUCAUGCACCGGUCCUGUUCUGGCUCGCCGCGUACACUUUCCCAACCGGUUUCCUCACCGCCGUAUUACAGAUGUCUGCCAGGAUGUGGAACGUGUCUAUAGACACCCUGUCCUGGGAAUUCACCGUUUUCACGAUCGACGAGUCGGCCAUUGUUGAGCCACCAAUGGUAAUUGUCGAACCUAUUUCAACCCUCGUCCAAAAUCGUCCAAAAUCCUCUUCGAUAUCGAGGCUUGGAAAGAUAGGAGGAGGGGGAUCUCUAGGACGAGAUAUAUGUGUGCGCAAUGCACUUAACUGUGUGUACAUUCCAUUACAGGACGGCGUGUACGUACGCUCCAUAUAUCUGGAAGGAGCGGGCUGGGACAAGAGGGGUAGCGUCCUCAUCGAGCCGGCUCCUAUGCAACUUAUUUGCAACAUGCCGGUGAUUCACUUCCGGCCCGCGGAACUCCUUAGAAAGAGAACCAGAGGACUCUACUCUUGUCCCUGUUACUAUUAUCCUCAGAGAUGCGGGGAUCAGGGACGACCUGCAUUCGUUGUGGCGGUCGAUUUGAAUUCGGGUCCCGAAGGAUCGGAUUUCUGGAUAAAAAGAGGCACCGCGUUGUUGUUGAGUCUUGCCACGUAGAUUAAUCGU